AUGGAAUUAGAAAGACUUAGGUGGCUUCGAAAGAAUCAGUCAAAACUGAGGGUUGGCAAGUAUCACAAUUUGAAUGAAUAUAAUUCAAAUGGAGAAACGCACGGGUCAAACACAGGUAAGAGGGUUGUGCUACCUUCUUCAUACGUUGGUAGUCGUAGAUAUAUGGAUCAACUAUACUUUGACGGAAUGGCAAUAUGCAGCUAUGUCGGAUUUCCAGAUCUUUUCAUUACAUUCACAUGUAACCCCAACUGGCCUGAAAUUCAGCGUUUGCUUGGUUCUGUUCAUCUAAAAGCAUCAGAUCGUCCUGACAUCAUUUCAAGAGUCUUUAAAAUAAAAUUUGAUGAGCUUUUGUCUGAUCUCACAAAGAAAAGUCUAUUGGGGAAAGUUCUUGCAUAUAUGUAUACAAUUGAGUUUCAAAAGAGAGGAUUACCACAUGCUCACAUCUUAAUUUUCCUCCAUCCAUCUAACAAAUAUCCAACUCCAAGUGAUAUUGAUCGCAUUAUUUCAGCUGAAAUACCUGACCAAGAUACCAAUGAAGAGUUGUAUAAUUUGGUUAAAACUCACAUGAUUCAUUCACCGUGCAUGAAAGAUGGAAAAUGUUCUAAAUAUUUUCCAAAACAGUUUCAGCCCGAAACAAUUGUUGAUCAAGAUGGGUUUCCGGUAUAUAGAAGAAGGGACAAUGGACAUACAGUUCUUAAGAAUGGAAUUCAAGUCGAUAAUCGGAAUGUUGUUCCAUACAAUGCAAAGUUGUUGACAAAGUACCAAGCUCACAUAAACAUGGAAUGGUGCAAUCAAAGUACAUCGAUUAAGUACUUAUUCAAGUACAUCAACAAAGGUUACGACAGAAUCACCGCUGCCAUUGUACCGAAUGAUUAUGGAACUUCCAACCAGCCGAAGAAUGUUGAUGAGAUCAAACAGUAUAUUGAUUGUUGGUACGUUUCUCCGAGUGAAGCAUCUUGGAGGAUAUUCUCCUUUCCAAUCCAUGGUAGAAAACCAGCUGUUGAGAGACUGUACUUUCAUUGUGAAGAUCAAAAUUCGGUAUAUUACACUGAUUUUGAUCGUAUCAAUACAGUUCUGGAAAAACCAAGUAAAAAAAGAGAAUGGAAACCCCGUCAAAAAGGUUACACAAUUGGUAGGCUUAUAUGGGUUCCUCCAACAACUGGCGAAUUGUACUAUCUUAGAUUGAUGCUCACACAUGUCAAAGGCCCUCGCAGUUAUAAUGAUAUAAAAACAGUAAAUAACGUAAAAUAUGAUACUUUCCGGGAUGCCUGUUUUGCUAUGGGUUUUAUCGGCGAUGAUAGAGAAUUCAUUGCAGCUAUUAAAGAGGCAAAUCAUUGGGGUUCAGGUUUGAGGUUGUCGGAUGAAGAGAUAAUGAAUUUAACAUUAAUUGAGAUUGAACGAAAUCUUCAAAGGAAGAGCCGAAGUCUAAAGGAAUUUGCUGGAAUGCCUUAUCCAAGUGGAUAUGUGGUUGAGCAGUUGGGAAAUAAGCUCAUAUACGAAGAGCGGAGUUACAAUCCAGCCGAACAAUUGCAAGAAUACAAUAAUUUGUUCUUAAAUCUUACAGAUGAGCAAAGAGGUGUAUUCAAGCGAAUAAUGGAAGCAGUAAACAAUCAACAAGGAGGCGUAUUUUUUUUGUAUGGAUACGGUGGCACAGGGAAAACCUACAUGUGGAGAACUCUAGCUUCCUACAUAAGAUCAAAGAAACAAAUUUGUUUAACUGUUGCUUCAUCGGACAUAGCUUCACUACUACUUCCAGGAGGUCAAACGGCUUAUUCAAUGUUCAAGAUUCCAAUACCUACAAUUGAGUCUUCUACAUGUAAUAUCGACAAAGGUAGUGAUCGUGCAGAGCUACUAAAAAUGGCAAAGUUGAUAAUUUGGGAUGAAGCUCCAAUGACACACAGAUUUUGUUUUGAAGCGUUUGAUAAAACCCUUAAAGACAUAAUGGGGCGUUCCAAUUGUUCUGACAAAUUAUUCGGAGGGAAAGUAAUUGUAUUUGGUGGAGAUUUUCGGCAAAUAUUACCAGUUGUACCAAGGGGCAGCCCCGGCAAUACUUCAAGUACAUCUGAAUUAGAAUUGUUUUCUAAUUGGAUAUUAAAAGUUGGCGAUGGGAAAUUGGAAGAACCUAACGAUGGUUACACGGAUAUUCCUAUUCCAAAUGAUUUCUUAAUUUCUAACUAUGAUGAUCCACUAGAAGCCAUUGUUAGUGAAACAUAUCCGAAUUUUCUUAACAAUUACAAGAAUCCAAAUUUUUUGCAAUCAAGAGCUAUAUUGGCAGGAACAAUUGAAACGGUUGACAUCAUAAAUCAAUACGUUUUGGGAUUCAUACUAGGUAUGCGUUAUCCAUUUGAAGAAAAGGAAUAUUUAAGUUCAGAUUCUGUAGACACUUUUGACGGUGAAGGAAAUGAAGCUUUUGAUGUUUUGACCCCGGAAUUUUUGAAUACACUUACAACUUCCGGUCUACCUAACCACAAGAUUAAAUUAAAGAUUGGGACCCCUAUUAUGUUGCUUCGAAACAUUGAUCAACCUGAAGGUCUCUGCAAUGGAACAAGGCUUAUAGUUACAAGAUUGGCAAACCACGUUAUCGAGGCAAAGAUUAUAUCUGGAAAGAAUAUUGGAGGGGUUAUCUAUAUUCCAAGAAUGGAUAUGACUCCAACACAAUCUCCGUGGCCAUUCAAAAUGACUAGAAGGCAAUUUCUCAUAACUAUAUGUUAUGCUAUGACAAUUAACAAAUCUCAAGGUCAGUCAUUGGAUUAUGUUGGAUUGUAUUUGCCUAGAAGUGUAUUUAGUCAUGGUCAACUAUAUGUUGCAAUAUCAAGGGUCAAAAGCAAAAAAGGGCUUAAGAUAUUAAUCCAUGACAAGGAUAACCAUCCAUUGAAUUCUACAACAAACGUCGUGUUCAAAGAAGUUUUUGAAAACUUAUAG